CAGAGACAGGUGUGUCGCUUUCGAUUUCGCGGAAUCCGGCGUCCGUCAGUCAGUAAUCUAAAUGUGAAUCACGUUCUUGUUUUUUUUUCCUACCAAAGUUAGACGUGUACAUAAAAAUUUACCACUUAAUAAUAAUAAUAAUAAUAAUAAUAAUAACAAUUAAAAUAAUAAUAAUAACAACAAUGGCCACCGAAAAUAUUCCACAGUGGAAGCGAGACCUCAUCCAGCGGCGUAAGAACAAGCCUUCAAAUUCAACCUCAAAUUCAAAUUCAAAUUCAAAUUCUCACCCUUCUAAUCCAGUCACCAGCUCUCAUAUUAAUUCAAAUAUUAAUUCCCAAAAAAAUAUAUCAAGUUCAAUACCCAGUGUAAGUGCAAGUGAUAAUAAUAAUAAAAGGAUUAAUGAAACAAUUUUAGUUAAAAAAAUUACCGCUGGCGCUGGCGUCGGGUCAACAGCAACAGAAACCGAAUUGACGUCAGUUGGAUCAGUCGCGUGCACGAUGCGUCUCGAACCGGACGUAUGUUUGGUUCCUUUUACUAAAAAUUCACUAAAAAUGUCAAACAAAUCAAAGGAUUGCGAGAGCGACAGCUCCGAAGAAUUACAAUACGGCCCCGGGAUCGUAAAUCGUUUGAAAUCAAAAUAUUUGAAUUUAACGCGGGAAAUAAAUAAUUCAAAUUUUCGCCGCGCCGCAAGCUUAGAGGAUUUACUUGAUUGUGAAAGUGACAAACGUAAAUUUAUAAAAAAGUCGGGUCUAAGUGCUCCGGGUUCCGGUUUGGGGGUCGCGGUAAAAACCGAGAGGUUCAGAAACGCGAAUCGCGGAAACGAGUCGAUGAAAAGAGCGCGAUCUGUGGAAACUUUAAUGAGAUACGACGACAAGGUAUCGAGAGCUGGUGAAAAUGAUCACAUUGUUCUGGUGGACAGGACAGUGAAGAUCGAAAGCCGGUUGGAAGACCGCCCGCGGCUGCUGAAGCCCAAGAGAUUGAAGCCGGUGGUCGCGGAAACCGAACGGCCGCCUCCGGAUCUCGUGAAAACGACGAUGAGAAUUUUUGAGAGUUCGGUUAAGAAAAUAAAACCCAAAGGCGAGGUUGCUAUCAAGGUUGCAACUUUUAAAACGAUAAAUGAUAAUUUUAAAGCACAAGGCGGGAAAAAAAUUCAAAUUCAAAUUCAAAAACCGGCGAUUCAACCGAAACCUUGCGGUAGAGUUGGAAAAACGAUUCAAAAUGUCAAAGAUGACAAAGAUCAAGGUGUCGUGUUGGAAAAAAUUGUCAAAGUAUCGACUGUUGUCAGUAAAUUUCAACAAAUCGCUGAUAUUUGUUCGCCCUCGAUUAGUCCAGAGCCUAAAAUUAAAAAUUUUGAAUCUGGGACCAAAAGUUUUGAACCUGUACCUAAAAAUAUGGAAACUGGGACUAGAAAUUUUGAAGUUGGAAUAAAAAAUUGCGAACCGGAAGUUAGAGAAAUAAAAAAUGAAGAAGAAAUAGAAGAAGUAAAAGAAGUCGAUGGUAGAAAAAAAAUUUCUAAAAAUGCAAUGGAAAAUAUAUCGAAUGCUGGCGAAACAUUGAAAUAUAAUUUUAAUGAUAAUUUAGAAUGUAAAAAUUAUUUACCAAUUUUAGUAAAUGGAACUCAAAAAAAUGAUAAAUCUGAGAGCGGAGAGAAAAUUAUCGAAGUAACGGAAGUACUGGAAGUCAAAAUUGCUGAGGAUAAAAUUGAGGAAAAAUAUGAGAGCAAAAUAGAAGCGAGAAUUGAAGUUGAUACCAGAAGUGAAGUUGAUUUUGUCAAUGACUCGAGAAGUCAGGAGGGAGAUGAGGGUGGGGAUGAAGUCAAAGUUGUAAAGGAAGUUGAAGUUAAGGGGGCGAUAAGUUCAGGGAAAACUGGAAAUAAAGUUAAGGAACCGGUGGCAAAACAAAUUGGGGUGAUCAGGCCGUUGGUCAGCACCAAGAGUUUGAGCAACAGGGAGAUGGAGAAGAAUUUGAUCAAUAGGGUGAAGAGUAUCGAGAGCGAGCAGCCGACCAAGGUCGUUGUUAGUUUGAAAACCGCGGAGGAAAUUGGAAAGAAAAAUGGUACUGGGUUGUGGGACAAACCUUGGAACCAGCAGAACAAUACUAUGGUUUUUAAUUUUAGUAAUAGGAAGGAUGUGCCAGAUUAUAUUGAGAAUGAUGGGCUGAUUAUUAGGAGGAAGAGGGAGAAGAGUAAGGGAGAGGGGAUAAUUGUACUGGAUGCGACACUGGACGCAUCGACGACCGACGACGGGGACUGGGAACUGUCUGGAGGCCCGCCCUCGCCUUGUGAUGUUGCUUUUUCAAAUGAUAACAUACUAAUUAACGGCCGUAGUAAUUUGUCGAGGUCACCUAGAAAUCAUAAGCACCGGAUACAAUUUGACGACACGGCGACCCGGACCUUCGAGUAUCCGAGUGAGGCGUCGAUGCUGGAGGACGAGGGCAGUUGUGUUGACGGUGAAACUACUUCCGGUACGGCGACGGGUAAAUCAGAAUCUGGGACUGGUAAUGGAGAUGGAGAUAUAGAUGGAGAUGGUGUUGGUGAUAUGUGUGGCGGAUUAUUGACGACGGAAUUGUCACAGACGCAAUUGCAGCAGUGUAAUAUUUCUAAUGCUGCUGCUAAUCCUAUUUUAGGUGGUGGUGGACUCGCCUCAUUCACGCCAACAAAAAUGGACUUAACCGCCAAAACAUUUGAACUCGGCGUCACUAGAUCGCCAGCGCCACCUGUCGAGACCCACCAGCCAGUGGUCGAGCAAUCGAUAGAGGAAGCUCAGGAUUUGUGUGCCGACUCAGCCGCCUGGGGCGCUGAGGCUACCGCUGACCUUCUCUACUAGCCAUUAAAAUUUAAAAUUUAAAAUUCAUCUUUUCCCGCUUUUAUUUUAAAAAGCUCAUUUUCACCCAAUUAUUUAUUCCGCAGGAUAACGGGAUUUUUUUUCCUCCUAUUUACUCCUAAUUAAAUCAUUCCACAAGCAUUUAAUUAUUAAUUAAUCAAUUAAGCUCAUUAAUUAGUAAUUAUAAUAAUAAUCAUUAUAAUAUAACGAUCAUUAAUUUCUAACUGCCGAGAGUUUUGAGACUUUGCGUUUGUAAAAAAAUGUAAUUAGUAAUUAUCUAAUAAUUAUUAAUUACCAGCAGGAUAAAAAAAAACUUUUAGAAUUUUUUUUUUACAAAAAAUUGUUUUGAAAGCUUUUUUUUACAUUUUCCAGUGCGAGAGCUCGAAGAGUGAUUGUAUAAUCGACUAAAAAUAUUUAAUUAAUUAUAAUUAUUAUUGUCAUUAAAAUAUAUAUAAGAUAUAUAUAAUAUAUAUAAGAUAGAGUAGAUUUAUAUGAUAAAUUCUGCCAAAGUAGAUUAAGUCUACUUGAAUAAUUACACUAUGGUAUUUAUAAUCGACUAGUGGUUUUUAAAAAAUCACAAAAAAUUUUUACAUUUCCAAAAAAAAGUUUUUGUAAAAGCUUUCAUAGUAAUUUCGACUUCCGGUCAAAAGCUCGGCUAUUUUCGGAAUCCUUGGAGUCAGGCUGAUUGACUAGUACCUGAGCUUGCGAGGUUUGUUUACGUUAAAAAGCUCAAGGAUAGAAAAUGAUAUUAAAUAAUUUUAUACAAAAAUUGAGAGAGAUUUCGAAAGCUGUGGUAGUGAUUAUGGCCUUUAAUCGAAUGCUCAAUCAUAUUUAGAUUCUGCAGAAAGUAUUUGAUGCAAUAACGUAUGAGCUUGCGAGAUUUGAUUGUUCUUGCGCUCGUAAAAGCUCAGGGCUUAUAAAUGUUCUUAAUAAGAUUUAAAAAAAUAUAAUUUUUGAGCUUUUGUGACCACGAGACGACACCCAGAUCAAAAACUUUACACCCAUUCUUGCGAGUGCUUGCGAUAGUUGGAAACCUCUGUAAGCAAAAUAUUUGCAAGUCGGCGCUUUUUUACAAAAUUUGGGCACAUGAGAUUUCGUCGCAAAAUUUUGUGUUAAGCUCAUUUUCAAAAGCUUCCAAUUUUUUAUAAUAAUAAUGAAAACUUGCAAGCUUUCACACUUAUUAUCAACUUACGUCGCAAGCUCAAUAUUUUUGUGUAAUAUAUGUCCAUUCUUCGUCAAUUUGACCACGAGCUUUUAAUACAAACUGAUAUCCUAAUUUUUUAAAAGCUCUCAUAUUUUGUAAAAUUCAAAACGAUGCUAAAAUGAAAACUUAACUAGAUCGCGAUCGGGAUAUUGGUUGAAGCUCACGUGUCUAAGCUCUACUGAAUUAAGAUUCAAGCUCCAUGCAGAUACCCAGGGCUCUUGUGGCUGAGCUUUUAAAAUUUAUUUCAAGCCUUAAUGGAAAUUCUUUCUCAACACAAAUUUUAAUUUUUUCUCAAAAAUCUUUAGCUCGCAAGCACUCAUACUAAACAUCGACGCAUCUCGCAAGCUCAGUGUAUUCUCUAUGUAUUUUUUCCCGCUCUUUCGAUUUCCGCCCGAGCUUUUGACAUCCGACGCCAUCUUGAGCUCUAAAACGAGCUCUAAAGUUUUCCACCCAAAAAAUUUUUUAUAUUUAUACUAAAAUCCAUACGUCGAGUUCUCUGGCGAGCUCAUUUAAGUAAUACCCGUUUAUUUUUUUGUAUAAUUAUUUGAGUUAUUUAUAAUUAGUAAAAAUGUGAUAUAUAUUAAUUUUUAUGCGUACUUUUUUUUUAAUUAAAUAAUUAAAUUAUUUAUUUAAAUCAUUGAGUUUUUUUUAGAAUGAAUUCUUCAUUCCAAAUUCAAUUAUUAUUAUUAUGAAAUAUGUAAUUAAUUUAAUUGUACUUGUUUUAAUGUUUUAUUUGUAUAUUAUUAAUUAUUAAUUACAUGAACUUAUUUAUUAUUAGAUGAAAAUAAUUGUUUAAUUGUAUACGAAAAAAAAUGUUUUUUUAUAAAAAAAAAAAAAAUAAUUAUAUUUAAGAAAUUACUUAUAAGUUGUCUGUAAAAUUAAGCGUGUAAUCAGUGUGUUGUAAAAUUAAUUAUGAUAUAAUUAUUAUAAUUACAAUUAUAAUGAUGAUAAUAAAAAACAAAUACAUAUUUAUAAAA